UUAACGUUGGAUGCCACCCGCCAUUAAAUCAAAGAAGAAGAAGAAUUUGUGCUCGCGAUACUUGUGAACUUCCGAGACUCUGUGAGAUCACGAGAACACGGAGGUGAUGUUAGAAGCGCAACGGGGUGACAAACUGAUUUAACAACAUGGAUUUCAUUGAUCACAACUACUGCAGAGGUGGAGUGAAGGAGGAGGACCGGGACGCCGAGUUCACUGAUCAUGACUACUACAAAAGUGGACAAAAAGAACACGACCAGGACCCGUAUUUCACCGACCAGGAGUACUACGAGAGCGGGACAGAUCAGGACGUGGAUUUCGUUGAUUAUGCGGGUCCGUCCUCUGGUCCCAGCGAUCAACAGAUGCAGAGCGGCACACAGAUACCCAAAGGUCACCGCUGUCAGCAAUGUGACCAAACCUUCAAAAGACCAACACAUCUAAAGAUUCAUCAGAGAAUUCAUGCUGGAAAGAAAGUGUAUAACUGUGACCAAUGCGGGAAAAUGUUUGCUUGUACAAGCAUACUAAAUAUGCAUCAACGAAGCCAUACAGGAGAGAGGCCAUACAGCUGUGACCACUGUGGGAAAAGAUUUACUCUGAAAGGUGCCCUAAAAAUUCACCGGCUAAUUCAUACCGGAGAAAAACCAUAUAGCUGUGAUCAGUGUGGAAAAGCUUUUUCUCAGAAAAGUUAUCUAAAAUCCCAUCAACUAAAUCACAGUGGAAAGAGACCAUACAAGUGUGAUCAGUGUGGAAAAUGCUGUAUUCGGAAAAAUGACUUAAAAAUCCACCAACGGGUUCAUAUUGUAGAGAGGCCAUACAGCUGUGAUGACUGUGGAAAAACUUUCCCUCAUCAAAGUUAUCUAAAAUCCCAUCAACGAAUUCACAGUAGAAAAAAACUGUACAAGUGUCGCCAGUGUGGAAGAUCUUGUUCUUGGAAAAGUGCGCUCAAGAUCCAUAAACGUAUUCAUACAGGAGAGAGGCCAUACAAGUGUGACAAAUGUAGGAAACGUUUUGCUCAGAAAAGUACCCUGAAAACUCAUCAACUAGUUCAUUCUGGAGAAAACCCAGUGAGACCGUAUGAAUGUGGCCAUUGUGGAAAAACUUUUAUUACGAAAAGUCACCUUAAAACCCAUCAACAAAUUCAUACUGGAGAGAAACCGUACAGCUGUGACAAAUGUGGAAUAUGUUUCACUCAAAAGGGUUCCCUAAAACGACAUGCACGCAUUCACACUAGGAGAAUGUACAUUAAAUACACCAACAUCAAAUAGUCUGAAACCCUGCCAACACAUUUUCGAGCUCUGAACAGACCAGGCCAGCCAUUUUCUCCUGCUUUGUCUUUAUCUUUAAUGUGUCCUGACUCACUGUGACUGAUAAUAAAAAUGUUUAUAACUCACUCUGACAAACAGUAAAUAAACAUUUGUCACCAAAUUUCGUAUUACUCUGUUAA